AGUGAGUUUCAGGAGGGGCCAGCCGCUGUUCGUCACUUUGGAGUAUCUAGGACCGGAUGGGUAGGAGCCCUGGUCUCUCACCGCAGCCUAAGCGAGCCUCCCCUCCUUUCAUCCUGCUUUCCUCUCUCGCUUCCUCUCCGUCUCUCUCCUUCAGUCUGCAGCCUCCGACAGCAACCGCCGCAUCAUUUUUCAGAGCAGCUGCCCCCUCCCUCUCUCUCUCUCUCUCUCUCUUUCUCUCACCCACCCCUUUCCUCGCCUCUUCUCUCUCUCUCUCUCCGUCACCCCUUCUGCUGUUCGCACCUCCGUGGGAAUGCAGAGGAGGGUAGACAACUCGCAGAAUCGUCAUUUUAAAAUAUGUUUUAUAUAUUUUUUUUCUCCCCUCUAUCAUCAAGACGGGGAACUGAGACGUGCGGGAAAUAAUCCGAUCGGGGGUGGCCAGUGCCUGGAGACUGGACCUGGAUCAGCUGGAUUUUGCCAGCAACAAACAUCACCCCCUCUUCAGUCUUCUUGCCAGAUCGCUUCAGGUCCGUUCUGAGCCGCAUCGUUUCAGAUUCGUGGCUUUCUCCCGGCUUGGAUUAUUCUAAAUAUUAUACCGUCAUCUGAAACGAGUGGUCUUACCUUUGAGAGGGGCUUUUAGGUGAAAAGUUGAGACAACCUGCAAAGACAAGUGACAACGGCACGCUUUUUUUCUCUGUAUAUAUUUAAAUAUAGAGAGUGAGAGGAACUCGUCUGACAUCUAGGAGCGAAAGAGGUUUGCUUUUUUUUUUUUUUUUUUUUUAAGGACCUCCAUGCGGCCGAUAAUCAUCCAGUGUACAGAGGAAAAGGCUGCAGCCGCGUCCUGGCUCGAUGUUGGUGUUAGUGCGCUCACAUUCACAUGGAUUUACAGCUCCAGUCUGAAGGAUCGAUAUGAAUAUUUGGGACGCCUUUUUAACACUGGAGUGAAACAUCCUCGGAUUUAUCACCGCUUCAUUUGCGCCGCACUACAGUGAAGCGCCCUUUCCCCCUCCUCCUUACCCUUCCUCCUCCUACUUGGCUCACCUGCCCAUAACCUGUAUGCUCCUGGGAAGUUGGAAUAUCAUCAUGCGUUUGUGUUCUUAUUGCGUGAGCGUUUGAAUGUGAGCGUAUGAGUGUGUGUGAGAGAGUUUGGUUACUUGUCCGCCAGAGGGAGUGUAGGUUAUGUUGCUUUUGAAUGCAUUUGAGUGCAGAGCCAGCUUUUAAUUAGAACGUGACUGUGAGUGGAUUGUGUCUGCUUGGUUUUUCCAUCUGUGCAUGUCGGUAUUCAAGCUGUAAACAUACUGUGUGUACGCUUGUAAAAUGUGCAGCAUCCCUUCUCCACCCCAUCUUCUUUACAUAUGCCUAUGUAUCAUUAGGCCACCUGUUUGACCUCCGAAACACUCUGACAGACAAAAAGAGAGAAAAAAAAGCUGUGGCAGGAUGAGUGAGCGUUCUGGUGCAAGCACUCUGGCAGCCAUGACGCUGGAGGAGCCAGGGGCUGAACAAGCAUCCCCCAGAGCCCCGGGCCCUCUGCGCUGUGGUCCGUGUGCUGUGUGGCCUCGCCAGCAGACCUGGCUGUGUGCUGUACCCCUGGUGAUGGGAUUUGUGGGAUUGGGACUCAGUCUCAUGCUGCUCAAAUGGAUUGUGGUUGGCUCUGUGCAAGAUUAUGUCCCCACAGAUCUGGUUGAUCCCAAAAGUAUCAAUGGCCAAGACCCCAUAUUUCUCUCAAAACCCAGUGCCAUGCCCAAGGGGCCUGACGUUUCCACUGCUACCACGUCUUUAGCCACAUCCACAACUGCAAUGGUUUCAACGACCACGCCGCUCGCAGCGGAUGGUACCGCCCCAGUACCAAGAACUCGAUCUGGUCCACCAGCAAACCACUCAGCAAAUGGCAGCAGCGCCAAUGGGGACAGCAACCGAGCCCCGCAUCUGCACAAUCGAGUCGGAACCCGAGUCAGUGGGACCGCAGUCACCACCGCUGCUACCCGUGCCACCCGUCUCACCCCAGCGCCCAGUGGUAAGGAGGUCACACCUCGCGGUACUGUCAAGAAGGGAAGCAGCACUUCCAAUGGACGGAACGGAGCUGCCAACUCAAAACCGGGACAGAUUCCUCCUACUAUCACCACCACCACAUCCACCACCACGACGGCGACUGCUAAGAACAACGCCAAGGUACAGCCGACCACAACUUCUCAGCCGGCAGCUCCGAUGAAGCCCACGUCCCGCUGGAAUCAUGGGCGCCAAGGGAAGGGCCCUGUCACACGCCCACACCACCGCUUCAGAACUCCUCUUGCCCCAACACCUCCAAGUGUACGUUCAGAGGUCUUUAAGUCAUGUGUGGAGGAUAAGGACCGCGCCUUUUGCCUGAAUGAUGGAGAAUGCUCCAUCAUUGAAACUGUGGCUGGGGUUCACAGACACUGCAGAUGUAAGGAGGGCUACCAUGGACUACGCUGUGACCAGUUUGUUCCCAAAUCUGACGCCAUCUUGUCUGAUCCAACGGACGAACUUGGGAUUGAGUUCAUGGAGAGUGGUGACACCUACCAGAGGCAGGUGCUGUCCAUCUUCAGCAUUGCCUCGGGGAUCUGUCUUCUCGGAGUGGCAUGCAUGGCUCUCUACCGCCGCAACAAAAGACACCGGGAAAAACUCCAGGCUCACUUCUCCGAGAGCCGCAGCUUGAGAGACUGCAGUGUCAACAGCUCUGGCCUCAUGUCCAACUCCACUCCUAGGAAUCAGUACAACCUUCAUCUUCAAAAAGGCUGCAGCUCUCACGGAUCAUCUCUUAAAGGCAACAGCUUGGCACCAGGCUCUUCCACAGUCACCCCACCUAUUCUGAGCAAAGCACUGUCGAAAGGAAAAUGCUUCAGGAGUAGUUCCCUUUCACUCAGCCCAGCCCAGCAGCGAAGAGAGGUCAACCACUUCAGGACCCCACCCAUUUCCAGAGGGAAGCACAAAAUAUCGACAAGCCUAAUAGACAGCACCAGAGUGACCGGGCAUGUCUACAAACACCUGCAGGAGGAUGAGUCAACAGACAUGGAGCCCAUAAGAAGGUGUGACUCAGCCAGCAGAAAGGUCGGCGCGCUCCUCACCAGAACCGCUCUUGCUAACACUACUGCCAGAAAAGGAUGGACCGAGGUCCCAUGCACCCGCCUGGACAAGGGAACCACUUUCCUGCCACACUCCCUGCGUGCUCGCUCUGUACCCAUCAUCCCGUCACUCCAAGCAUGUGACCCCGAGGCUGAAUCUGCUCGCACGAGUGACCGGAACCAAGCGGGGCUCCUAAAGUGGCAACCUUCGCUGUCAGGGGAGCUGGCGAAGCCCACCGGCAAUUCUCCCCCUCCUCCUGGGAACGUCUGGUUAGAGACGGACAUUUCAGCCCGCAGCAUCAACCCCCAUGUUGUCACACGUGCUCUGCUGGAAUCCGAGAAGAAUCUGGCAAAGGCUUCCUGCUCUGUUGAGUUCACAGGGGAAAUCGUGCAAGGUUUAAAGCAGAAAAGCCUCUCCAGCCAGGAGGAAAUGUACGGAUCUCACAGUGAGAGCCGUCGCGGUGGCACAAACACUCUGGAGGCGGAGGCUGAGACUGAGCCGGAGUCUGACGGGAAAGGUGUCCAAUAUUUAGCUGGAGCUGCGCACACGGGGAGUGGAACCAGUGGUGUGAAGGUGGAGGGCCAAAGAGAAGUCCAGGGACAGUGCCAAGGUCAGACAUCUCUCGCAAACAGAAGGGCAAACAGCUUCCUGGCCACCAAAGGACCCAGCUGCAGAGGAACUGGAAACACUUAUGCCAAGCCCUCUGCGAGCUGAUUGGAUUAACUUUGUAAAGCUUCAAAGACACCAUUUCUAAUAACUGGAUACCUUUGCUGGUGGCUCGGGAUGGCUAGACUGGGACCAUCUGUGUGGCCACAUGGACCAGUAACAGAUGGCGAUCAAUUCCAACGGGAGAUUAACAGAGUGAAUUGUUGAGAUAAAAAAAAAACAAAGAAAAACUUGACACAAAAGACAUGAAGCCACAAAGAGACAAACAAA